UGGUACAGCUAUGAUUGAAUAUGUAACAUCUUAUAGUGUUUGUCCAAUGUGCAAUGGAGACUCUUCCAUUGGAGAAUGCACGCCAUCACCUGAACUAAAAUACACGCCAUCACCUGAACUAAAAUGCAAGCCAUCACCUGAACAACAACCCAAGCCAUCAUCUGAACAACAACCCAAGCUAAAACCCCUAGAAAAAACCUGA